CGGCUAUCCUCUAAGCAAAUUCGACAUCUUCAUCUUUCGAAGCGAGUCGCUCUUCAUUGCCCGCGUCAUCGUGUACAAGUGCGAUAGUAGGGACGGGCUGGAGACUAGUUAUAAGGUCUUGAUGAACCGGGUUAGCCAGGAGGGGGUGCUGGGCACGUUGGAGGACUUGUGGGAGAAGGUGCAGGGGAAGUUUAAUCCGGGGUUUGAGAAGAUACAGAGGGUGGGAAGGGGGUGAAAAUGGAGAAGAAGGAGAAGGAAGUGAGGAACGGUAAGACGGUGGAGGAAAAGGCAGAUGAGAAAGCAGGAAAUAAGGUCAAGAAGAAGGCUGGGAAGGAAGUGGAGAAGCGGGCCGACGAGAGGCACGACGGCAAGAUAGACGGCUUUCAUAAGGGAACCAUCACCAUGAUCAAGAAUCUGAAGGAUGGUCAUCUGUGA